AGUUCAUUAACGUUUCUUUUCAUGUGCUUUUGAAUCAAUCGGUGUGUCUUCUCGUGGAAUUUUCCAAAUUCGAUGGAUUUUUAAGUAUCUGGGUAGGUGAAUUGAUUUCAAACCCAAAUACGAAAGAAGCAGUUUCGUUGUCAUUCUGAAUCAAAUCAAUUCCAAAACUCGUUCCUUUCUCUGCCGCUGAACUUGUCGUAGGGUUACUUUUGUGGGUUUCCAUCUUCUCGCGGAUCCAAUGAAUCAGAGAAAUUUUUGGCGAAUCUAAAUGGGUAGUUGUAGGGAUAGGCUAAGUCAGUUACCAGAUGAUUUCCUCUUACAGAUAUUGUCAUGGCUUCCAACAAAAGAUGUUUUGGUGACGAGUCUUUUGUCGAAACGAUGGCGGUUUCUCUGGACGUUAGUUCCUAGGCUCAACUAUGAUCUCAGGCUUCAUGAUAAUACAUAUCCAAGGUUUUCACAGUUUGUUGAUAGAUCUUUGUUGCUACACAAGGCUAAGGCUUUGGAGGGUUUGAAUAUCAGGAUUGGUUCUAGAUGUAAUACCGCAGAGAACGAUGUUGGGGUAUGGGUUAGAACUGCUGUAGACCGCUUCGUGCGUGAGCUUAAUAUCAGUUAUUGUUCUGGUGAAGAGCCUAUUAGAUUGCCUAGGUGCUUGUUUACUUGUACAACGCUUGCUGUCCUGAAACUCGAAAACUUAAGUCUUGUUGAUGUCUCUUGCUAUGCUUGCUUCCAAUCCGUCAAGACUUUGCACCUCCUAGAUGUGAAGUACGUAGAUGACCAGUCACUUCCACGGAUUAUAUCCACCUGUUCUAGUCUUGAAGAUUUGGUUGUGCAGAGAUGCCCUGGUGACAAUGUUAAAGUCGUCACUGUUACUGCUCCGUGUUUAAAAACUCUGUCCUUGAAUAAAUCGUCACAAGCUUUUGAAGGAGACGACGAUGGGUUCUUGGUAGAUGCCCCUAAAUUGAAGCGCCUAGACAUUGAAGACUAUUGGGGUGGCUUUUGUUACAUAGAGAACAUGCCUGAGGUGGUCGAGGCGAAUGUUGAUGUUAUUUAUAAAAAUACCGAGAAACUUUUGGGAUCUCUCACUUCAGUCAAGCGUCUUAAACUAUGUCUGAUCACUUCAGAUGCUGCUUAUCCCGCUGGUACUGUCUUCUCUCACCUUGUUCAUCUAGAACUAUGCACAUGUGCGCCACGAUGGUGGGAUUUACUUACCAGACUGAUUGAAGAUUCGCCUAAACUACGAGUUCUUAAACUCCGCCAGAAACAUAUUCGACGUGCCCCUAGUCCCCGGGCUAGUUGGAAGCAACCUGUUUCUCUUCCCAAGUGUUUGUUAUUUCAUCUUGAGACCUUCAAGUGGGAACUAUACGAAGGAUCACAAAAGCAGAAAGAAGUAGCUACAUUUAUCUUAAAACACGCUAUUCGAUUGAAGACAGCUAUUAUCUCUCCAAAACCCUCCAGUACUCUGCUAGAGAAACAUGAGAUGCUCAAGGAGUUGUCAUCCUCGCCGCGUGGUUCCAGUACAUGCGAGCUCUUAUUCGACUGAAGAAAAGAAGGAAGAAGAAAUUAACUUAGCUUGUCCUGAAAAAUAUGUUAUUACAUCUCUAGUAAACAUCUUGUGAUUGUUGUCUCUAUUGAUGUAAGAGUUAGAACCUCAUCUGCAUUUGGUUCUUAUUUUAAUAUAGAAGAAGAGCAUAUAUUAAAAAAAA